UAGAAUCACCCCACUGGAGAAGGUAGGCCCAUCAAGGUCCAUAUGCGAACACAGCACUAGUUCUGGAGGAAGGCUUUAGAAAGCUGGCACCAGAACUGCGCAUUAAAAUCGCGCUCACCAGUGAAUCAGGGCUCAUGUCAGAUUCAUUGCUCCGGCUCCUCCAGGGCCUAGGAGCGAAAGACAGCCGCUUCUGGGGCAGCGUGCUCACUUCGAGUGCGUGCAUAAUUGCGUGCGCAGCCAACAAGUUUUCCAGAACCUUCUCCCAAAGCUCGUCCUUUCUGCAGUGUCCCGGCUGAGAGUGCUGCUGCCCACGCUGACCCUGACGGUUGAAAGACUCCUCGCGGGAGGGAGAGAAAAGAAAAAUGAAGACAGGACAUUUUGAAAUGGUCACCAUGCUCCUGGCAGCCGUGAUUCUAAUGGACAUCUUCCAGGUGAAGGCUGAAAUAUUAGACAUGGCAGAUAAUGUAUUUGAUGAUGAGUACCUGAAAUGUACUGACAGGAUGGAAAUGAAAUAUGUUCCCCAACUGCUCAAGGAAGAAAAAGCAAAUCAUCAACUCUUGGAGACUGUGUGGGAAAAUGCAAAAGCCAAAUGGGAAUCCCAGAAGCCUCAGCUGUUUCUCCCUACAAAGUUUCAGGAUAACCAUGGAAUAGCCCUGAUGACAUAUAUUUCUGAAGCUAAAGAGCAAACUCCUUUUUACCAUCUUUUCAAUGAAGCUGUGAAAAUGGCUGGCCAGUCACGGAAAGAUUAUAUCUAUGGCUUCCAGUUCAAAGCUUUGCAUUUUUACCUCACAAGAGCUCUGCAGUUGCUAAGAAGACCUUGUGAAGACAGUUACAAAAAUGUGGUAUAUAAGACAAGCCAGGACACUUCAUUUACAUUUGGAGGGCAAAACCAAGCCAGACUUGGCAAUUUCACAUUGGCAUAUUCUGCCAAACCUGAAGUAGCUAAUGACCAACACAUUGUUUUAACUAUCUACACAUGUUUUGGAGUUGAUGUUGAAAAAUUUUUUGGUAAAGAAAGUGAAAGAAUUACUUUAAUACCCCUGAGUGAAGUUUUUCAAGUGUCACAGGAAAAGGCUGGCAAUAACCUUAUCCUUCACAGCACAAACAAGACUUGCAGCCAUUAUGAGUGUGCAUUUGUAGGUGGACUAAAGAGUGAAAAUUGUGCUGAAAACUUAGAAUAUAGUCAGCCCAUCUAUGUCUACAACCCUGGUGAAGAAAACCAGAAGCUUGAAGACCCUGGUGUGAAAAUCCAUGAACUCCCUGAAAUACCUGGAAUGAAAACUCCAGAACCUUCUCCACUACCUGAAAUAAAAGUGGUACAACUGGAUGAAAACUUUGAAGACAGACAUCGAGGAAACAUGGAUAAUCCUACUCCAGGUCCAGGUCCAGGUCCAGUUCCUGUUCCAGGUCCCAAAACCCAUCCUUCUGCAUCCUCUGGCAAUAUGUUCCUUCCACUGCUUGGGGCAUUCAUCAUUUUAAUCAGCACUUCUGCUGUAAAUCUCUUUAUAGUUAGAUAGUUUGAUACAUUCUUUAUCUUUCUUAUUCUUUACUUGGAGUGCACUGCAGUGAUCCCACAGGAGAGCAAAAAGAAAGAUGUAUUUCUUCAUUUGUUGGCCAAAGUCACUUUACAAAAUGAGAAUUGUAUAUUUAUUUGUUUUGCCAAUUCAGAAAGUUGGUCCAGAUAUGGAACAGAAUUAACUUUUCAUUUAUUUCUAUAUUAAGUUUAUGAUUAAAAAAAAAAAACUCCUAAAACUGUAUACUCUUGAUUGGCUUCAAUAAAAGACUUUAAGAUUGUAAGAUAUUAUUUCUGUAGACCUGCCAUUAAAUGUCCAUUAGUAAUAUUAGUGCCUAACAUAAAUUUAAUACCAGAAUCAGAAGUUUAAAGACACACUCAUCUUUUUAAAGGAAAACACUUUGCCUUUAAAUAGUAUCAUUCCUCUUCCUUCAGACUCAUCUCCUUUCAAUAUAUAGUUCUAUUUUUUAUAAACCCAACAGUUUAUAGUCUCUAACUUGAAUCUCACGUUAAAGGGGCAUAACACAUUUUUUGUCAUAAAGGUAUAUAAACAUGAGUGUCGAUCCCACAUUUAUUCUUUAGAAUAUUUCUAUUGAUGAAUUAAUUUUAAUUUUAUGAGUGUUAUUAUAUUAUCAAUGAAUGCUUAACAGAAAAAUAAAGUAUUAUAUUUUUAAUAUUUAUUUUAAAAAGCAUCAAAAUUUUCAACAUUGACUAGAUUUUGUUGUACAAAGUCUAAAAACGAACAUCAGAAAUAAAAACCUGUGUGAACUACAAUGAAAAUACCAGUAGCACUCUACAAAAAACUCUUUACUUCAGUUAUCACUCCUGAGGCAGUCUGCACACAUAACAGCAACACAUUUUAUACACAUGUAUUACUUACACUGACAGCAUAUGUGUUUUGCUUUCCUAGCCUUUUAGUAGGACAUACUUGACAUCUCGCUGCUCUUACUGUUUUGUCAGGAGGUUCUUAUUAUAUUAUGCAAUGUGUAGUUAACAGGAAUAUAAAAUAUCAAUAUAAUAAAGUAUUAAAUUCUUAAU